AUGAAACAAGUCGAAGAUGGCAUCGACCAGAUUCCCACCGACAUCGACGACGACAUCUCCUUUGUCAGGACUUUUCUUUUAGCACGAUCCCGCAGACUGAAAUUCCUAUGGCUGGCGAUCAUAGGACUGCUAGCACUGGGAACGCAGCAGGUCUUGAGUCUCCUACCAUCCUCAACAACCCAUUCUUCCCACCACCAGCACCACCACGACGCUAUCCACGCCAUCCAAAAAUGCACAAUCCAUAACCUCCACCAGCAUUCUUCAUUCCUCGACACCGCACUUCCAAUCACCUUAGAAGAAUUCACCCAGCGACGCAAUCGCCUAGCUGAAGCACUGCAUGAAUCCAACAUCGACGCCUUCAUUCUCGAACCAGGCUAUAGUUUCCAAUACUACGCCAACAUCAGCCAGACGGAUUGGGAGCCAUGGGAACCGGAAGAACGACCGUUUCUGAUGGUUGUGCAGCCUGACGUUGAUGCCGAGAGCGGUCAAAUACUUGCUAGGACUAGUUUUCUCGCGCCGCAUUUCGAAGAGGAUAGGGUGAGGAUGUUGGGGAUGCCGUUUCGAUCGAUGACGAGGGAGGGGGAGGGGAGGGCUGCUGCUGCUGCUCCUGCUCCUGCUGUGGGCGUGGUUCCUAAGGGACUGGAUAUGGACCUCGACAUCAUCGUCUGGGAAGAAGAUGAGAAUCCAUACCAAGUCCUUCGCAACACUACAUUCCGCAACAUCUCCGACGUCAAGGUGACGGUGAUGGUAGAUGAGGAAAUCCGCGACUUUAUAGUUCGAGGCUUGUCCACCGCUGGCUUUGAGACCGUUGGUCUAAAUCAUCAAGUCGAAAGUGUCAAACAAAGAAAAACAUCAGCUGAAAUCGAACUCCUCCGUGCAGUGAAUACCGGUACUGUCGAGGCAGUGAGACAAAUGAGACCAUGUCUAGUCCCCGGUCUGACAGAAGAUCAAGUCACAAUGAUAUUGAACAAUGCUUUACUUUCAGUUGGGUUCUCGCUGUUCUUCAAUAUUGUUCUCUUCGAUGAGAAUGCCGCUUUGCCGCACGGUGGGACGGUGACGGGAGAUAUGAUCUUGGGUUAUGAUACGAUGGUGUUGAUUGAUGUUGGGGCUCAUUUCAUGGGGUAUUCCUCGGAUAUAUCAAGAAGUUUCUUCAUCGAUGGGCCAGCACGGUCGUCUAUACGGCGAAGACGAUGUUGGUAUACCUGGCUCAUGGACCUCGUCGACUUCCUAUCUUUCAAAGAAUCGUCUUCUAGUUCUUCUGGACAAGUAUCAUCGUCAACGCCAGAGCAAAACCUAGAACACUCUGACCUCGGCAAUCUCCACACCCUCAAACUCGAAAUAUGGAACCUCGUCCUCGCUGCUCAAGAUGCCAGUAUUCUCGCCAUGACGCCAGCCCAUGCCGCCGCAGAUGUCGACGUGGCUGCUCGUGAUGUCAUCUCCGCUGCUGGCUACGGUGACCAAUUCACACACCGCGUGGGCCACGGCAUUGGCAUCAAGGCUCACGAGUCACCGUACUUGAACAAAGGAAAUACCCACGCACGUUUGCUGCCAGGCAUGACAUUCACCAGUGAGCCUGGUGUCUAUCUAGAAUCCAAGUUUGGUGUUAGACAUGAAGAUGUUUUCCUCGUCAGCGAGCUCGGCCUGCCCGCAGAGUGUCUGAGCGGGAGGAGGGCACAGGGGCCGUGGGAUCCUUGA